CGGUCACUCGUCGCAACGCUUUCCCACCGCGGCUGCAGUGACCGUCUCAUUCUGUCGACCAUUGCAACACCAGAGCUCUCUGGGAAAGCGAGUCCAUAUUCUAAAUAAUUCAAUAUUGUUCUUUUCCCCGUGAACAAGAUGCCGGCCGUCCACAAAAUACUUCUCGAAGACGCUCUGCAGGACAGCCCGCAGACCCGGUCAUUGCUCAGCGUGUAUGAGGAAGAUGCGGGGAAUCUAACAGACUACACGAACCAGCUGCUGCAGUCCAUGCAGAGGGUGUACGGCGCGCAGAACGAGAUGGCGCUGGCCACGGAGCAGCUGUCCAAUCAGCUCCUGGAGUACGAGAAGCAGAACUUCACCCUGGGAAGGGGAGAUGAAGAGGUCGUCAGCACGCUGCAGCACUUCGCAAAAUCUGUGGAGGAGCUGAACGCCCUCCAUGCUGAGCUGGCCACACAGAUGGCCAACAGGAUGGUGUUCCCAAUGGUUCAGUUCAGAGAGAAGGACCUCACAGAAGUGGGCACGCUGAAAGAAAUAUUCGGCAUCGCCAGUGACGAGCACGAGGCCUCCAUGGUGAAGUACAGCAGGCUGCCCAAGAAGAGAGAGAACGAGAAGCUGAAGGCGGAGGUGGUGACGGAGGUGGCCUACACCAGGAGGAAGCAGCACCAGGCCUCCCUGCAGUACUACUGCGCCCUCAACGCCCUGCAGUAUCGCAAGAGAGUGGCCAUGCUGGAGCCCAUGCUGGGGUACACACAGGCACAGAUGAACUUCUUCAAGAAAGGCAUGGAUCUGGUUUCAAAGAAAAUGGACAGCUUUCUCGCCUCCGUCUCCAGCAUGUCCCAGAGUAUCCAGGCCCAGCUGGACCAGGAGGCCGAGGCCAUGCGCCUGACCCAGAGGGAACUGCUGUCCGCGGACGACACGGUCUACAUGCCCGACCGCGACUGCGACCCCGCCUACCGCACCCUCAUACAGAAGGCCGGCUACCUCAACAUCAGGAAUAAAACGGGCCUGGUGACCACAGCCUGGGACCGGCUUUACUUCUUCACCCAGGGAGGGAACCUCAUGUGCCAGCCGCGCGGGGCCGUGGCGGGGGGGAUGGUGCUGGACCUGGACAACAGCUCGGUGAUGGCGGUGGAGUGCGAAGACAGGCGAUACUGUUUCCAGAUCACCUCUCCUUCCGGCAAAACGUCGAUAAUUCUUCAAGCAGAAAGCAAGAAAGAAUAUGAAGAGUGGAUAUGCACCCUGAACAACAUCUCCCGGCAGAUCUACCUGACCGACAACCCUGAGGCGGUGGCCAUUAGGCUGAAUCAGACAGCCAUACAGGCGGUCACACCCAUCACCAGCUUUGAGAAGAGACUGGAGGGCUCCCCCCACCCAGACAGGGCCAAGCCCGGCGCGAGGGUCCCCCCCGCAGAGACGGCCCCCAAGCCCCCCUCCUCCCCGCUGCCGGAGGACCUGAUCGCCCCCGGGACCCCCAUCCAGUUCGACAUCGUGCUCCCCGCCUCCGAGUCCCUGGACCAGAGCCGUGCGGGCGGAAGGCGCACGAACCCUUUCGGGGAGACGGACGAGGACUGCUCUUCUGACACAGACGACCGCCUCCUGCAGCAGGUGUUCGGGGUGCGCUUCCUGGGCUCCAUGGCCGUGCGGGCGGGGCACACGCAGGAAGUGAUCUACGAGGCCAUGCGGCAGGUCCUGGCCGCCCGCGCCAUCCACAACAUCUUCCGCACCAGCGAGGCCCAACUCAUGGUCACCAGCACCUGCCUGAGGCUCAUCGACCCCCAGACGCAGGUCGCCAGAGUAACGUUCCGGUUGCGGGACGUCCGGCAGUUCGCCGCCCACCAGGAGAACGGCAGGCUGAUGGGGAUCGUGGUGGAGGGGCGGGACUGGGCCGAGGGGGCGGAGGAAGGGGACCCCGCCUUCAGCGCUUUCGUCUUCGAGAGCAACACCGAGGGGGAGAAGAUAUGCUACACUAUAAGUUUGGGGAAGGAGAUCACAGAAGCAAAGAAGGAUCCUGUGGCCCUGGCUCAGCUGAUGAAAUCCCUGCCUCUGACCAAUGACGGGAAGUUCCUGCUUCUGGACAACGAGGGAGGCGGGGCCGAGAACGGGGCGGGGCCGGAGGAGCUGGAGUCCGAGGCCUAGCCGGACCGGGACUGAGCCGGACUGCUUUGGGGGCUGUUCCUUUUUCUCUCCCCCCUGCCCCUCCCCCCCCCCUCCAUUUUGGCUCUCCCUGGCUCCCAAAGAGCCUGUUUCACAGUUUACGUCUUUUGCGGUCAGGCUUUCAAGGCAAGGGACGGUCUGCUCAAACAUUCAGCUCAGUUUCCAAAGAAGGAAAACACAGGCAGAGCGACACUCCCCGUUUGGGUCCGAACGAGGAAAAGAAUCCGAUUAUGUCGCGAGGAGCAACGACGAAGACUCUGGUCACGGCGAGAUCCCCUGUAAACGAAGCGCUUAACUCACAGCAUGGGUGAACUUUCCAUUUCUCUCCAACGGUCCUUCGACCAGAACUGUGGUAAAUGAGGCUGACUGGUAAUCCAAGUGGUGUGAAACCCCCCCCCCCCCAAAAAAAAAAUAUAUUCCCCUCAGGUUUCUGGUGACCUUACCACUCAUUUAAGGUUUGGCGAUGUCAUGCUUAAGAUUUUCAUCGGAACGCAUACAGUUUUAACUAAGUGGGCGUGGUCUAAAUGCUACAACUCUUCCGCCAGGGAGAGGCUAUGCAAAGGGAGAGAGAGAGACUCUGAAUGAAUUGCCCUCCGCAUCUGCUCUGGAACCAGCCCUAACCGGAACCAGCUCUAACCGGAACCAGCUCUAACCGGACCCAGCGAAAGCAGUCGCCGUCGAGGCGAGUCAUGUUAGAACACGCUCAUCCCUCGUGGUCCAAAAGACUUGCGUUUUGUGGCAUUUCCUAGCGAGAUAAAAACAGGAUGAGGUCGCCCGGAGACCAACCGGCUGUCUCCCUCAUGACCUU